AUGGAAAGUUUCAUUUCGGCCCAGACUCAGCAAAACAAAGAGUUCCUAAAUCAAGAUAUUCAUAUAAAUGAACUUAUCACACAAUUAGGAACUAAGGGUGAUUCGAUAAUCACUCACAAUAAGAUGCUUGAAACCAUAGCACAACAGCAAGUCCCUCGGGCCACACCUGGAGGGCAAUUUCCUAGACAACCUCAACCCAAUCCCCGAGGGCAGGCUAACGUUAUUACCCUACGAAGUGGGACCACCUAUGACGAACCUUUAAAAACAGCCUUGAGUGAACUAGAGGCUUCUAAGAAAAACGUUGUUUCUAUAGACGAAGUGGAGGAAGCAGAGAAACAAAAAGACCAGAAAGUGAAGGAUAAGGGAGAAGAUAAAGAUAAAGUUUAUGUUCCACCCUCUCCUUAUAAACCACCAACUCCAUACCCGCAAAGACUUAAACAUACAAAAAUUGAUAACCAAUAUAAAAAGUUUAUAAAAGUGAUCGAGAAACUCCACAUAGAAAUCCCUUUCACCGAAGCCAUCACCCAAAUACCAUCUUAUGCUAAAUUCCUUAAGGAUAUCUUAACCAACAAAUGUAGGCUGGAUGAUCCCAAACCUUUAGAGUGCAACUCCAUUGCGGAGAAUAAACUUUAUAAGAAGGAGAAAGAUCCCGGAAGCUUUUCCAUACCUUGUAUUUUAGGGAAUCAUGUUAUUGACAAAGCGUUCCUAGACUUGGGAGCAAGCGUAAUCCUGAUGCCUUUAGCAGUUUGUAGAAGGCUAAACCUAGGAGAAUUACAACCGACUAAGAUGUCUCUUCAAUCAGCCGAUAGAUCUGUGAAAUAUGCAGUAGGCAUAUUAGAAGAUAUCCCAGUUAGAAUCAGACAACUUUAUAUCCCAACAGAUUUCGUGGUAAUGGACAUUAAAGAAGAGGACGAAAUCCCGAUCCUCCUUGGUAGACCCUUCUUAUCAACAACAGGAGCCAUAUUAGAUGUUAAAAGAGGAAAAUUAACUUUUGAAGUAGGUGAUAAAAAGAUAUAA